UCAGCUCCAGCUCCCACUUUUACGCUCUCUUUCUUCUUCUUCUUCUCGUACUUUCGUCUCUCCACUUCUCUCUCUCUCUCUCUCUCUCUCUCUGUAGGUUGAGAAUAAAAUCAAAGAACUGAUCAGAUGAUCGUGAUUCUAGAAAAUAAUAUUCAAAUGAAAAACCAAAAAAUAGUGCAUGGACUGUGAGUGUCUACGGGUGUUGGUGAAUUGUGCAAGAGGAGCUACCUUGAAACUGGGGUUAACUCUCCUCUUUAGAGUGAAGUAGAGUGUCCUGACUUUUUGGUGGUUCAAUGGGUUGCAUUACUGUUCUCUGCAAUUUUUCUUGACUUAUUAUUGCUUAACAUUGCAUGAUGGGAGGAGCUUGUUCUAGGAAGCGAGACCAACAGGUCAAUGAAGAUAGUGGAAAUAGAGGAAUCUAUGGAAGAUAUUGCAAAAGUGGGAGUUCUAAGUGGUUGGGAAACUCAAUUUCUCGGCUUGCUGUAGAUAAUAAACAGGGAAAAACAAAAUGUCCAUCUCUAAUGGAAUUGUGUAUUUACAAGAUACGUGAGGAUAUUGAUAAAUAUAGUUCCUUUUCUAUGCUGCCAAGGGAUAUUAGUCAGCAGAUCUUCAAUGAAUUGGUUUACUCACAAUGUCUAACUGAGGUUUCUCUUGGAGCUUUUCGAGAUUGUGCUCUCCAGGAUCUUGAUCUGGGAGAAUACCCAGGAUUGGAGGACAGUUGGAUGGAUGUCAUCUCUUCUCAAGAGCUGUCUUUACUUUCUGUGGACCUUUCUGGUUCUGAUGUUACAGACUCUGGGUUGAUUCAUCUAAAAAACUGCACAAACCUCCAGGCCAUGAAUUUUAAUUACAGUGACCAGAUUUCAGACCAUGGUCUAGAGCACAUAAGUGGUCUAUCAAACUUGGCAACUUUGAGUUUUAGAAGAAACAAUCAAAUUACUGCUCAAGGACUGAGUGUCUUGUCUGGCUUAGUUAACUUGUUAAAGUUGGAUCUGGAGAGAUGUCCAGGAAUCCAUGGUGGACUAGUUCACCUCAAAGGUCUAACGAAGCUUGAGUCUCUUAAUAUCAAAUGUUGCAAUUGCAUAACAGAUGCUGAUAUGAAGCCUCUCUCAGGGCUUACCAACUUGAAAGAGUUGCAAAUUUCCAGCAGUAAGGUCUCAGAUUAUGGCGUCACUUUUUUGAAAGGUCUGCACAAGCUUUCCCUAUUGAACAUGGAAGGUUGCCCUAUUACCGCGGCAUGCUUGGAUUGUCUUGCAGCUCUUCCUGCCUUGUUAUAUUUGAACCUUAGCAGAUGUAAUUUGUCUGAUGAUGGAUGUGAGAAGAUUUCAGGGCUACGGAAGCUUAAAGUAUUGAAUUUGGGAUUCAAUGAUAUCACAGAUGCUUAUUUGGUACACCUGCGAGGUUUAACAAAUUUGGAGACCUUAAAUCUUGAUUCCUGUAGGAUUGAUGAUGAGGGCCUGGUUAACUUGACAGGCCUUCAGCGUUUGAGAUGUUUAGAGUUGUCUGAUACUGAAGUUGGAAGCAAUGGCCUCCGUCAUCUUGCUGGUUUGACUAGUCUGGUGAGUAUAAAUCUGUCAUUCACUGUUGUGACGGACAGCGGUUUAAAAAAAUUGGCUGGAUUGGCAUCACUGACGUCAUUAAAUUUGGAUGCCCGCCAAAUUACAGAUGCUGGACUUGCCAGUCUUACAAGCUUGACUGGAUUGAUGCAUUUGGAUCUUUUUGGAGCACGUAUCACCGAUUCUGGAACGAACUAUCUCAAGAAUUUUAAGAACCUGAGGUCCUUAGAAAUAUGUGGUGGAGGAUUGACUGAUGCUGGUGUGAAGAAUAUCAAAGAUCUUUCAUCCUUGACAGUGCUAAAUCUUUCGCAAAACAACAACUUGACUGAUAAAACUUUGGAACUGAUUUCUGGGUUGACACAAUUGGUUUCUUUGAACGUUUCAAACUCCCGUAUAACCACUGCGGGGUUGCAGCAUCUGAGGUCCCUGAAGAAUUUGAAAUCACUUAACUUGGACUCCUGCAAGGUGACUGCAUAUGACAUUGAGAAGCUUCAGUCAACUGACCUGCCAAAUCUAGUAAGCUUUCGGCCUGAAUAGUUCGUAUAUUUCUGGAGGAAGAUAUUCUGUAAAUCGGUAGUCUGAAAUGGACGGCUGUGCUAUGACUGUUGUUGAUAUCAGAACAAUCAUAAAGCAAUAAGCUGUUAUGAUGAAUUGUACAUAAGGGUUGACUUGAAGGUGGCGGCAUUAAACAUGGUUCUGGUGGGAGGCUUGGGAAGAUCACUGUGUUGUUGCAUGUGAAGCGUUCUUUCGUAUUGUCUUCUGCAUAUGAAAGACAAUGUAGAUAAGCUUCCUUUGCAUGAUUUUCAAUGCAAUUCCUAGGAGCUGUGGUAUAUAUUAUUGUACAUAUUUGCUUGGGAUUUUACUUUAAUGAUUUCUAAACAGUUUGUCAAGAUUGUGCUACUACUGAGGCUCUUGAGCUUUUGAAAUAAAAUUUAGGACUUGUGUCUUUCAUAUUGAUGUAUGAACGUUGUACAAUCAAAGUUCGUAUUUUAGAUUCAAACA